GUCAAGGCGUUGAUCACAGCUUCUUAAAAAAACAUGUCUAGCUGCAGCAUUGACAUUUAUUGUGUGAAAGUUACACUGCAAAACAUAAAUGUAAUUUAAUCUAUUUUUGCUACAGAGAAUGGACCAAACAGAUUUGUUUUCAUCAAUACUACCAUGACCUGGAAGGAUGCUCAUAGCUACUGCAGACAGUAUUACAAAGAUCUGGUCAUUAUUCAGAAUCAAACUGACAAUAACCAGCUGACAGUGAUGAUGACACCAAAUAAAUAUGCUUGGAUUGGUCUUUUCAGAGAUGCGUGGAAAUGGUCUCUGUCUCCACUUCCUUCAUUACCUGUUUCCACUUCCUUCAUUACCUGGAUGAAAGGACAGCCUGACAUGCUUGGACUGCAAAGACCUUGUAGUGCUUCAGAUCCUUCUGGUUCGAUCAAUGAUCAGCUCUGCUCAAAUGUCCUUCCUUUCUUGUGCAUGGACCGCCGGACAAAACAACAAAUUGUAAGACUGAAGGUGAAAUCUAGUCAGAAUCUAAAUGACCCUGCAGUGAUGGAGACUAUUUUACAAUGGAUAAAGCAGAAUCUGAAGGAACAUGGGAUAGAAGAGGACAUAGUAAGAGUGGCAUGGAACAUUCACCCAGAUGGAAAUGUUUUUUCAAAUGAUUAAAAACAAACCGUGAUUUAUACAUUUGUCAUGUGAUUUAUGAAACUGUCAAAUGUUUGAAAACUUUAAUCUUUUUUAAUUAACUUAAACAUAUUAUAUUGCUUCAUUCCCUGAGUGCAUUUAGUGUUGAGGGGCAGAAAUAUAAAUUUGCUGGUUUUGAAGUGUAACUUUAAUAGUGAAAGUAAAAUAUGUUAGUAUAUGAUGUAAUACGUUUAGCAAUAUCUUAAACUUUCAUCAGUCUUAUAAUACAAGUUGAGAGAUAUAUUAUUGUAACCUUUAUUUAAUUUUAUUUUUUAUUUCAUCUUAUUUUACUUUAGCAUUGAUGUGAUUUUGUUGAAAAAUGGGUGAUGCCAUGCUUUUUCUUUAUAAAAGCUGUUUAUUUUUCUUGAGUCAAACGCGUGUUAAUUUUAAUUGAAUAGUACUGUAUAGAUAUUGUUAAUGGAGAUGAUGAUUUUGCAAUUAUACUGUCUUGAUUAAUGCUUGAUUUGCUUUAAACUGAUGUAACCUAAGUAGUAAUAAUGCCUUUGCUUAAGUACAAAUGUGUAACCCAAUUAUUAAUGCUAUAUGGAAAAUAUUGUGUGACUUCACUACCAUUAAAAAAACUGCUUACUUGCAUGAAAUGUAUGUAUUGGCUGAUUUAGAGUAGAAAGCACUUAAUUAUUAGAAAUAGUUUCAUGAUAAAGGGAAAAUGUAGUAGUUAAGGUGUAUGUUACAGACAGUUACGAGAAGAAGAAGAGAAGAUACUGUAAAGCAAUGCGACGUAAACAACUGAAAGCCUUAGCGGAGGAUUUGGCAGCACUCCAGGUGAUUACAUCAGAAGAACCAGCGUUUGACGUCUGCGUAUAAAAGACCGAGAGAGAGACUUGACGGACGGAUAUUAAACAAGCACAGUAUCCCUCGACGCCUGAUACCAGCUGAUUAUACCUUG